CCCAUGGUAGUUGAGAGAACCACUGCUGUGGCCAUGCAGUGGGAACGAGUGUGGCAUCGGCAACGCGUGAGCACUGUUAUUCCUAUUAAAAUUCAUAGCGGACCUUACGUUAUUACUGUACGACAAUAGUAGAAAAGCGGGAUUAUGGUUGUCAAGAAGGAGCAGGGACGUGGAAGAAGACGAAGCACAUAACGGGGCCGGUGUUUGCACUGCGGACUGUCAGAUGGGCGUUUGAGCUCACGCCGCCCGGCGUCCAGCGUGAGAGGGAACGGGGAGGGAAGCAGCGCUUUCUUCAGGACACCUGCCUGACCUGCCACAGAUCGGAGAAAGCCUUCACCUGCCAGAGGGAGGAAGGGACAGCAUAUCGUACGUGAGGCUCCAUGGCGACGCUCUGACGUCUUUGCUGUGGUGAAAACCAAGCCCUGCCCAGUGUUCCAGACGGCCAAUCAGGGAGCCCAUGGAGGGGUUCCCGGUCCACUGAACCACAGCGCAGGCCAAACCUGGUGCUGCAACCAUGUCUGCCUGCAACACCUUCACCGAGCACGUGUGGAAGCCGGGCGAGUGCAAGAACUGCUUCAAACCCAAGAAUCUGCACCGCCUGGCCGAGGGGGGCCCUAAGAGAAGUGGGGCCCCUGAACGGGCGGCGCCCCGCCAGAACCCGGCGCCGUCAGGGGGGAGACCCAACGCCAACCUCAGCGGCGGCGGAGCCGGUUACCAGCGAGGGGGGGUAUCCGCGCGUUCCGGAAGCUUCCGCCCCCCAGUGGCCAAGAAGCCGACCAUCGCCGUGAAGCCCACCAUGAUGCUGCCCUGCUCGGCGGGCGUGCUGGACGCCGAGGGCAACCAGACGGCCAGCGAUGCCAGCGAGGCGGGCAAAGCCUCGACCUUCACCGUGUGGAACUGCAACGGACUGAACCGCAAGCGCCCGGGCGGAGUCAACAACAACGAGGGCGAGGGCGACGAGAUCGAGGGGUACGGGCCUCGCGCCUGCCGGGUGCCUCUCAGCCCCGGCGGGGGCGGCGGGGGCAGCAACAACAACGGGCUGACGGACGUCCUGAAGGAGAUCGCCGGCCUGGUGCCCAGCCCGGGGGCCUCCAGCUCCAGGGACCUGUUUUUUGGGCGCAUCAGCUCCUCCUACAAGCGCUCGCUGGAGCGGGGCCUGCCGGCCGCGGGGUGCCUGGCCGCGGGGAGCCUGGCCGCGGGGAGCCUGGCCGCGGGGAGCCUGGCCGCAGGGAGCCGGGAAGGGGCCGCGGGGCACAAGCGCGUCUCCCUGAGCGACAGCGCCGAGGUCAUCAGCGCCGAGGGCGGCCGCUUCUGCUACCCGGAGUUCUCCAGCGAGGACGACGAAGACGAGGACGAUGAGGACGAUGAGGAGGAGGAGAGCGAGGGGGACGGGGACGGCGAGCACGAGAGCUGGGACGAGAGCGACGAGGAGCUGCUGGCCAUGGAGAUCCGCAUGCGCGGCCAGCCCCGCUUCGCCCACUUCCGCGCCGCCACCCUCUCGCCCGUGCCCUUCGCCGCUGGGAAGAAGUGGAACACGGUGCCGCUGCGCAACCGCUCCCUGCAGCGGCUCUGCGCCGUGGACUACGAGGACAGCCUCAACGGCUACCCCUCGCUGGGCGACUCCAACGGCCUGCCGGAGGCCGGCUUCUUCUCCAGCCCGGAGCCCACCACCUCCCCGGAGUCGUCCUCCUCCCUGCCGGAGGACUCCCGCACCACCUCCAGCAGCAGCAGCAGCGUCGCCCCCUACGGGCUGUCUAACGGACUGCACUCGCCUGCUGCGCCGCCCGCCAGGGAGCCGCCCCCCAGGGCCCUGCGCUCCCCCCGCGCCACCGAGACCCACAAGGCCGUGCUGGCCAUCCGCCUGGAGGACCAGGAGGGGCAGAAGGCCGGGGCGCCUUUGCCCCUGGCGCUCCCCGGUCAGCCAAUCACCAUCAGCUUCAGCCCCAGCGAGGAGCAGGCCCGGCCCUACCGCGUGGUCAACCUGGAGAAGCCGCCCGUCUGCAAGCCCUACACCGUGGUGGACGUGUCGGCCUCCAUGGCCGGCGCCGAAGACCGGGCCCCCGACGGCCCUGCCCCCAAACCCAAAGGGCCCUCUGUCUCCUCCCCCACCCCUGCCUCCACCCCCAACUCUCCCCUGGGACAGCCUAUGUCCCCCCUAAGACAGCCUACGUCCCCUCUAAGACAGCCUACAACCCCCCUGGGACAGCCAAUGUCACCCCUGGGACAGCCUAUGUCUCCCCUGGGACAGACUAUGUCCCCCCUGGGACAGCCUAUGUCUCCCUUGGGGCAGCCUAUGUCCCCCCUGGGACAGCCUAUGUCUCCCAUGUCUCCAGCCUCUCCCACUUCCCCAGCGGGGGCCACACCCUCAUCGCUGCUCAAUGGCUCCCGCAAAAAGUCCAGCAGCAUCCGCUACCAGGAGGUAUGGACCUCCAGCACCAGCCCCCGCCAGAAGCUGCCCAAGGUAGAGCUGGUGGGUGGCGGAGGAGCCCCAGGGCCAGCCGUCCUGCCCAGAUACUGCAGCCACAAAUCGGCCCCCACCUCCCCGACAGCUGGCCUUUCUUCCUCAUCCCGGACGGUGCCUGUGAAGUCGCCCAACCUGUCGGAGAUCAAGUUCAACAGCUACAACAACGCGGGCAUGCCCCCUUUCCCCAUAAUCAUCCGGGAUGAGCCGGCCUACCCCCGGGGCUCCAAGAAUGCAGUCAAGGUGCCCAUCGUCAUCAACCCCAGCGCCUACGACAAUCUGGCCGUCUACAAGAGCUUCCUGGGUGUGAGCGGCGAGCCGGCCCCGUCUGGCAGCAGGGUGGCCAGCCACACCUACGAGGAGAUUGGGUCCUCCGAAAGCGUUAAAACCCCCACCCCCACCGCCUCCCCCUCCACAGACGCGCCCCCUGCAGCGAAGGCGGAGUCUGUUGGAGGGGAGGACAGAAAGCCCGGCCCGGUGGCGCAGAAGAUCCACGAACUCAACGCCAGAACCACUACAGACCUGAACACUGUGAACGCCACCGUCGCCUCGGCCUCUGCGCCUGCUGCUAUGGCAACGGCCACCCUUUCUACACAGGGGGCCAGCAUGGCCAAGAGCGUCACCCCGGGCCGGUACCGGAAGGGGAGCGGGGACACUGCCGCAACCGGCAAGGAGGCCGGCUGCCUGGGCACCGGGACGAGCCAUCGGGAGAAGGCCAGCACCGUCCUGUCUCAGAUCGUGGCCUCCAUCCAGCCGCCCCGGUCUCCGCCCGAGUCGCCCGAGGCGCAGAGCAAGACCUGCAGCGUGGAGGAGCUGUACGCCCUGCCGCCCGACGCCAAGGAGACCCUAAGCCGGCCCAAAUCCCUCUUUUCCACCGCUGCCGAGGGCUGCCUGUCCAAACCCAGGAAGGACACGCUCACCAAGCCGCUGCCUAAAUCCCACAGUGCCUCGGCCGCCGGCCCCGCCCCCGGCCCCGCCCCGCCCACCAGCCCCAAGUCCGAGCCCAACGCCCCCUUCCCUCCCCCCAGGUCCACCUCGUCGCCCUACCACGCCAGCAACCUCCUCCAGAGGCACUUCGGGAACUGGACCAAGCCGGCCGCGGCUGGGGGAGGGGCCAGCGGUCGCCCCAGCGACGGGGAGACGAGCCCGGGCAGCGGGGGCGAGGGGGGGCGGCGGACGGCAGCGGCGGCCGAGAGCGCCAAGCCCAAGCGCUGGAUCUCCUUCAAGAGCUUCUUCCGCCGGCGGAGGGACGAGGAGGAGCAGCGGGAGCGGGCGGAGCGGGAGAAGGAGAAGGGCAAGCUGGUAGGGCUGGACGGCACCGUCAUCCACAUGCUGCCGCCCCCGCCCAUACAGCGCCACCACUGGUUCGCCGAGGCCAAGACCGACGACCCCAGCCAGAAGCCCACCCUCAUCUUCACCUACAAGCCGGAGGGGGGCGCCGGCACGGAGGACGACGGCGUGGAGGAGACCAUAGAGACCACGCAGCUGCUCCCCACCGAGGAGCUGCGGGAGACCGCGCUGCUGUCCCCGGAGUCGCCGGGGCAGGUCGGGGAGAAGCAGAGCGACAAGGACCUCAGCCAGGUCCCCAAACGGGGGCCCAGCGAGGGCCCUGAGCGCAGGGGUCCCCCUGUGGCCUCCCUCUCCGCACGGACGGAGGUUUCUCCGCAGGAGGAGAGCGCCAGCGUGGGUGCCACGCCCGCUUCCAGCCUGGGGGAGCCAGAUGACGAUGGAAGCCACUCCCACUCGCCCGCCUCCAGCACCUGCAGCGCCACCUACAGCAACCUGGGUCAGUCCCGGGCCAACAUGAUCCCCCUGAAGCACCCCAGGAACGUCAAGGCCUCCAACGACAACCUGGCCUGGACUGAGCCGGAAGCCCCCGAGGGUGCCCCCAAAGCCACGCCCCCCCCACUGCCCAAGAAGACCAUCGCCCGCGCCAACACCGAGCCAUCAACGCUGGGCAAGGACCCGCUGGCCCCGCGGCCCAAGGGAGAGGCCAAGCCCGGGGGCACCAACCUAAGCGUGGCCAACCCCCUGUACGACCUGGACUCCACCUGGGAGACGGCCAGCCAGAGCUCCUCCCUCAGCUCCGAGCCCCGCCCCCUGGAGCAGGAGUCCGGGGAUUCGCUGGAGAGGCCAGCGGGCGGGCCGGGACGGCCCACCAACAGCUUGUCAUGCCUGGUGUCCACCACGGGCCCCACGGCCGGCCGGGACAAGAGGGGCUGCCGCAGCGCCGAGUCGCUGGCGGGGCGGGGCAGGCCGGCAAGCAGGGGCGGGGCCUCCAAGCCCCAGAGGCCCGUCCUGUACAAGGGCACGGAGAACUGGGAGGAGGUGGUGGGGCGGAUCCGCGGCCUGCACACGGACACGCUGCGGAAGCUGGCGGGAAAGUGCGAGGACCGCUUCAUGGCGGGGCAGAAGGACCACCUGCGCUUCGGCACUGACAGCUGGUCCGACUUCCGCCUGACCACCGGCAAGCCCUGCUGCGAGGCGGGGGACGCCGUCUACUACACCGCCUCCUACGCCAAGGACCCGCUCGUCAACUACGCCAUCAAGAUCUGCAGGAGUCAGGUGAAGGAGACCCAGCAGCAGUUCUUCCACAGCCUGGCGGUGCGGCAGAGCCUUCCUGUCCACUUCAACAUCCAGCAGGACUGCGGCCACUUCCUGGCCGACGUGCCCGCCCGCCUGCUGCCCUGGGAGGAGGAGGAGGAGGGGGAGGACGAAGAGCAGGAGAAGGCGCAGGACAAGGCCGAAGGGGAGGAGGGGAAGACGAAGGAGGCGAGCGAGAGGACGACGGCGAAGAGGAAGGAGGAGGAGGGGCUGUCGGCGGAGGGCCAGCCGGCACACGUGGGCGGGGCAGGGACCCUGCGGAGCCGCGUGGUGGUGAUCACCCGCGAGGUGCCCUUCCAGACCGUGGCGGAUUUUGUGCGGGAGGGGGCGGCGCGCCACGCCCGUAACCCGGACCUGUACGAGCGGCAGGUGUGCGUGCUGCUGCUGCAGCUGUGCUCCGGGCUGGAGCACAUGAAGCCCUACCACGUCACGCACUGCGACCUGCGGCUGGAGAACCUGCUGCUGGUGCACUGCCAGCCCGGCAACCCCUGGAACCUGGAGCUGCUGGAGCCCAACAACAACGCCGCCGUCGCCAGCUCCGCCACCUGCCCCGCCCGCCUCAUCAUCAGCAACUUCUCCCAGGCCAAGCAGAAGACCACGCUGGUGGACCCGGGGGUGCUGAGGGACCAGUCGCGGCUGGCCCCCGAGAUCGUCACGGCGACCCAGUACCGCAAGUGCGACGAGUUCCAGACGGGGAUACUGAUCUACGAGAUGCUGCACCAGCCCAACCCCUUCGAGGAGAUGCCCGAGCUGAAGGAGAAGGUGUACACGUGCGCGGACCUGCCCCCGCUCCCCGCCCGCUCCCUGUACUCCCAGGGCCUGCAGCAGCUGGCCAGCCUGCUGCUCAACGCCAACCCGUCGGAGCGCAUCCGCAUGGCGGACGCGCGGGCCUGCCUGCAGUGCCUGCUCUGGGGCCCGCGGGAGGACCUGUUCCAGGCCCUGAGCUGCAGCCCCGGGCCGGCCCAGCGCGACGCCACCCUGCAGAACUGGCUGGACCUCAAGCGGACCCUGAUGAUGAUCAAGUUCGCCGAGCGCUCACUGGACUCGGGCAACGGGGUGAGCCUGGAGGACUGGCUGUGCUGUCAGUACCUGGCCUUCUCCAGCCCCGAGACGCUGGCCCGGGUCGUCCGGAUCCUCCAGCACCCGCCCACCCAGCUCUGAGCGACCAGCAACCCCCCCCUGGACUGGCAAUCUCCAUGGUAACCACCUCAACGUAAAAGAGACGGCAAGCUGCUGUUGGCCGUCCUCAAAACCUGCACCUGACGUGUCCACAAAAAAAAACAAAAGAACAAACCUCCAUCCGCUUUCUCAUGACAGAUGCCAUUCCUUGCGCUGUACUCACAAGUAUUUUUAGAUUCAUGGUUGUGUUUGGAUUUCUUUGUUGUUUUUAUUGUUCUGUUUUUUAAAUGCUGAGUUGUGACUCGUUUUAUGUCUUUUGAAUCUGUUUGCCAUUUGGAAGUUUUCAAACAGGGUGGCAGAAAUUAGCCUGUAGUUGUGAAAAUCCUCUGGUCUCCACCGUACAUUAUCUUUUCACAUAGUCCCAGACUAGCCCUGAACAUCUUCUCUUCCUUCGUUAGUGCAGUGUACACUCAGCCGCGAGGCUUUGAGCUGUGUGGGAAGGUGUAGUGGGAAGUGUUCCUAGAAGGUUCCAGAACGUGGCCUUGUGCUUGUGCAUGAGUAACCUGGGGGAGCACGCAAGUCUUGGCAGACGCGGGUGUGACGUAGUGAGGUCUGAUUUGGAACGGCAGCACCCCUCAGAACGCAGGACACUGCAGGGCUUCCUGGUGUGGGGCUCAGAAGGGGAGAGGGGGAUACUGUAGGCCAGUCGUGAGCGAGCUAACCAGCUUCACAUCAUUUACACAGCGCCUCAGGCAGGAGGCCUCCCGUCUUACUGGAGUCUCAGGAGGGAUCUUCAUAAGGUCAGCAUCACCACUGAAGGCCAAAAAUGCCCUGGGGUGAAGCUCUGCAUUAGCCUAAAGCUGACUCACAUCUGUGGAAUAGACAUCACUUUACGAGAGCCCAGCUCCCUUACGGAAAUGGAAUGUAAUGCAAUAUAUAGUGCAACAUAUUUGUAGAAUUUAAAAAAAUAUAUAUGCAGUAUAUAUAUAUAUAUGUAUAUGUAUAUUUAUAUACUGUAUAUAAUGAUCUAGAUAUUUCAAAGCAGUGUAUUUUUAAAAAAUAUUAAAUAUCUAAAAGCUGCAUUAAUUAGCAUAUUCGCCCCUUGAAUGAUGAAAUGUAUCUUGAUUUCUCCCUUCAGUAUGUUUUCGCUAUGUUCUGUUUCCGUUAGGAAAGCAGGUUUGUUUUCUUCAGACCGAGUUCAGGACUGGCCCUCUCUGUUCUGAAGUCGACUGCAAAGUUAAAUGCUGCUUUAAGCUCUUCUAACAGGUGAACCUGAGGUGGAGAGCGUCAGACGGUGGAAUGGUUUCUGUCAUCUUCCAUGUGUGCUUCAGAUGAACAACUCCAUAGCUUCCAUAUAUCCAGUAGAUCUGUACCUUAUCCAACAUUAUCUGAGAGAAAAACAAUGACAGUAAAUUCCCUGUCAGCAACAGAUGACAAAACACAGGCAACUUGUUGCUUUUCAGUAUGAAUGCGGAGGUUGAACGUGGUCAAACAUUUAGGAACCAGUAAGCUCAAAUCAAGAUCUUCCCCAGAUUUGAUCGACAACUUCAGCGUAUUUAAUUAUUUUACUGGCUUAUCUUGAAGAUACCAUAUAAAAUUCACUUUUCUGUUUUUGUGCCACAGAUGAUAUUUAUGCAAAAUUUGAAAGCCAAAGAUGGACAACGCCAGUGUGUGUUUUGUCAGUAUUUUGCUUUAGGACUGCCCUUGGAGAGUACAGGUCCGAGUAGUCCCACAGGUUUCAGUCACUGAAAAAUCCCUGUCAUAAUCACCUGUAAUGAAGUGACCUUACACUAGAGAUACAUCUUACUGUUUUUAUCAGAAAAUCACUCGUUAAAAUGUUUUUUUCUCCUUUUUUGUAUGACUUUUUGUAUCAUUUGAUGGAUUAGCCUUGUCCUUCAUCGUCCUUGUUAAAACCCCUGGGGAUGUCUCCCAUUUUCUACAUGAUAACUUUGAGCAAAAGCCGAGGUCAUAACAGCUCUGGUGAUCUGUUAUUUUUUUUUUUUUUUGGGGGGGGGGGAUGUUAUGAGGGGUGAAUGGCUAGAAAAAGAUACUUUUUAACUUUAGGAUAUAUGUGCAAUUUUUGUAAAUGUGUUACCUUGGCAGAUGACAGUAUUUAAACGUAUGUAUGUACUUAAUACUACAGUACACAUCCUCUCUGUUAUCCUAGCUGUUUUCUAUGGGGCACAUAAUUGCUAGAAAUGUAACAGAUGGCACAUCUUUCAUCCUGUGAAGAGAGACCCUGUGAUGUGAACUGCAUCUCUGGGUGAAUUUGGAUUGUAUGCAUGAGGGACUGCACGAUUUUUCAAAUCUGAAUUGUUUCCGUCUUCUUUGUUUCUGUCUUUUACUCUUCUCUUUCUCUCUCUCGCUCUCUCUCACUCUCUUUCUCUCAUUAUAAAGGCUCAGACGGAUCAGUUUGCACAUUUUUGUUAUAAGCAGAGAAACAAACACACUCUUGGAUAGAGAUGAGGAGGUGGAGUCAGGAGGCCUUGAUGGACUGAGGGGACUAUAACAAGCUGCCAUUUUUAUUACAGGGUGAAUGUGGAAUGUACGAGUUUGUUAACUUACGUCAUGUGACAGUUCUGGGGGCGGAGUCCUCCCGUAUCCCGGCAGACUGCAUCAGCUUGUCUGAACCACUAUGCUGUGCGUGUGAGCUGCGGAUCAGUGGACAGUAAGCACUACCUGUGAGACCCCUCCUUCCCCAGCCACUAAAGCACCCGCUAAGGUCUGGAGACUUUCAGCCACACCAUCUCCUGAGACUCACAAUCCCAGCCUUCCACCUGGCUGAUCUCCAGAAACCUUAAUGAUUGGUUUAAAACUUCUCUCUUCGAACUCUGUUGCCACAAGUGCACGCGCACACACGACAGUGUGUGCCAGUUUCAUGAAAGUCCCUUGUUAGUAUUUUUACCUUUGCUGAGUAUUUAUUUCAUACAGGCACAGAAAUGGCCCCAGGGGCGUAACCCUGCUCAUGAUUGACAGUGUGGUGUUCGCGGUGUGUGUCGUGUCUCUGCUGAAGAACUGGGCUCGAAGCAGAGCGGGACGCAGUCGGAACAUGUUUUUAUGGGGAGACGUUUCUCCAGGGCACAUUGGCUCCAAGCUGCUGCUGGAGAAAUAACCUACAGUGGAAUAGGCUGGACUGCACUGGUGGCUGUCCUCCCUUUCUUAGGAGUGUUUUUUUAAUCCAAUGUAGACAAUGCUUACUAUAUAUACACACUAUAUAUGUGGCACUGGUACCCAUCUAGCCAGGCUGGCAUGGUCUUGUGCAAAUCGAACCAGAAAAGCUUUAUUGUUUUUGUGUUUUUAAGGAAUCCUGUACUACGGGACGGUUUUGGAUUGUCCGAAACGGGUCGGUGACGAUGCCUUUUGUCAGUACGACCCCCCUGCACGUAACAGUGCAGAGCACUACGGCGCACACGCGAGGUGGUUCG